UGCUGUUCCCCCCACUCUGCAGGUCUGAGUGAACAUGUGUGUGUGGGUUUAUGUUGUCUGUGUGUGUUUCUGUCUGACAGUGGGACAGUGAGCCUCUUGCAUUGGCCUCCUAGAUUAUUGGAAUAAUAACCGGUACAUUUGGAGUUCUUGCAGUGAUUAAUAGCAUCUUAAGAUCACAGCGGAUACUACACGACCAGUUCACAGGGCCACUGUUUGUUGUCCCGCCCCAGCUCUGACAUCACAUCUGGCUGACCUCUGACUCUUUGGCCCCUCACAACUGACACCUCACCCAGAAGCCGUUGCCAUGGCACUGUCCUCACGCUUAAAGCUCUGGGAACAGAAGAUAAAGGAUACGAAGGAAGAGCCCACCUCUCCUCCCCCACCUCUCUCAGCCCUGCCAGGAGGUUUCCUCAAACAGCUGGUCAGAGAGACCGAGAAGGAGACCAAACUUAAAGAGCCCGAGGUCAAAGAAGAGAAGGCGCCCAGCAAGUUGAGUGACAACCUGGUGCAGCAGUUCCUCCUUCCGGAUCAGACUCCACCAAUCCUGGAGGCAGAGAUGGCCUUGCGAAAUGAAUUACUGGUUAAUGGAGAGCGAGGCCGCCACUCCAACCAGUCCGACAUGAAGACCUCUUCACCCCGCCGAAUCCUCUCUCCCGAUCUCAAGAGCCCACCCCAGGGGGAGACCCCGGGGCCACAGAAACAGGAUUUGACAUCAGGGAAGCUGAAGCAAAAACAGGAAGUUACAUCAGAGCUGCUGAAGCGGGGACAAAUAGCGAGGUCAGGGAAAGAGAAGGUGCCAAAUGAUGCCAAGAAGCCAAGGAUGGACGAAAAGAAAGACAACCAGAAAGAGGGGAAGAACGAGGGAGUGAUUGAGCCUAGACAGGAGCCAGAGGGCAAACCAGCAGACACCGCUAUAGCAGAACACGAGACCAAAGAGGUGAGGGAUGUGUGGUAUGAGGUUGGCACUGUGUGGUACGUCCACAAGGAGGGCUACUGCCUGGCCACUCAGCUAAAGCCAGACGAAGGAACUCCAGAUCUCCCAGCAGGCCUAGUGAGACUCAGAAUGGAAACAGAUGGAACACUGCAUGAUGUCAUGGAGCACGAUAUCCAGAAGAUUAACCCAUCUGAGUUGGACCUGUGUGAGGACUUGAGUGACCUGCAGAGUGUGAAUGAAUGUAGUGUGCUCUACACGUUAACCAGUCGAGCUAAAGCCAGCCUGCCCCUCACACACGCCGGACCCAACCUGCUCAACUUCUGGCCUCCACUGAAUCAACAGGGCAAGACCCCACUCUCUCGUCGUGGGGACAGCGUCUGGGACGCCCCACCCGCCCUGGCUGCUCUGGUCCGGCGUGUUUAUAUCUCCAUGGUGGGGACGCGCAGGGACCAGAGUGUAUGUGCUGUGGGACGAAGCGGCACGGGCAAGACCACGUCCUGCCAAGCUUUCACACAUACACUCCUCAAACAGGCUGGCACCGCCGGAGACAGUGUCAGUGUGGAGCGUAUCCAAGCAGUGUUUACGAUCCUGAGGUCCUUUGGGUGUGUGAGCUCUCAUCACAGUGAUGCCUCGUCUCGCUUUGCCAUGGUUUUCUCUCUGGACUUCAACCACGCUGGACUGGUCUGUGCUGGUCACCUACAGACUAUGAUGUUAGAGAAGUGGAGGGUAUGUCAGAAGAUGGAAGGAGAGAGCAAUUUCCUGAUCUUUUCCCAGAUGUUGGCUGGACUCAGUACAGAGAUGAAGACGGAGCUGCAGAUGAAUCAAUUACCAGAGGCCAACUCCUUUGGAAUAGUUGCACCCACCAAGGUGGAAGAAAAACAGCGUGCAUCUGUGGCCUUCACCAAGCUGCUGGUUGCCAUGGAAACGCUGGGCAUCUCAGCCAAUGAGCAGCGAGCAAUAUGGCAUGUUCUGGCAGGAAUAUUCCACCUGGGAGCAGCGGGAUCAUGUAAAGUGGGGCGUAGGGCAUUUGUGAGUUUCGACAGAGCCCAGGUGGCCAGCAGUGUGUUGGGUUGUGACGGGGAAGAGCUCCAAACAGCCGUGUUCAAGCAUCACCUCAGACAACUGCUGCAGAAGGCCACCGGGGGUGCCAGAGAGAGACAUGCUGCCACUGAUGUAGAAGAGGGACCUCGGCUGACUGCCACACAGUGUGUAGAUGGCAUGGCUUCUGGACUGUAUGAGGAACUCUUCACGGCUGUAGUUUCACUUAUAAACAGGGCCCUGAGCUCCCAGCAGCUGACGCUCGCCUCAGUGAUGGUGGUGGACACUCCAGGCUUCCGCAACCCCAGGCACAGUGGAGAGGAGAGGGCUGCAACCUGGUCUGAACUCUGUCACAACUACUUACAGGAGAGACUACUGGACCACUUCUACACACACACCUUCACACACACUCUGGACAGAUACACACAGGAGAGGGUUCCAGUGGACUUUGAACCCCCGGAAAGUAGCCCUGCUGAGGUGGUGUCCGCCAUAGACAAGCCUGCUCUACAGGUGAGAGGGGCGGAGGGAGACCCUAGAGGACUGCUGUGGGUUCUGGAUGAAGAGAUGGUGACUCCGGGUUCAACAGAACACGUUGUCCUGGAGAGAGUCUGCCAGUAUUACGGUUCAACUGUGCGUCAGUGUGAGCAGCCCCUGCAGUGUGAGGUGAGCCACCUGAUGGGUUCUGAUCCAGUCAGGUAUGACUUGACUGGUUGGUUCAGCCUGGUCCAGAACAACCCCUCUGCUCUCAACGCCAUAUCACUGCUGCAGAACUCCUCUGUAGGGGCAGUGAAGGCACUGUUUGGCCCCCGUGCGUCUGUGCCCCCUCUUUGUCGGGGUUUAGGAGGAGUAGAGGGAGGCAGCCAGCGCUCCCUGCAGAGGAGUGGCAUCGUCAGAAAGACCUUCAGCGGGGGAAUGGCCGCCAUACGCCGACACUCCCACUGUAUAUCAGUCAAACUGCAGGCCGACGCUCUGAUGAAUGUGAUUCGUCGAGCCAAGCCGGUCUUCCUGCAGUGUGUGGGUGCUAAGACGGAGAGCAGUGGCGGCGGCUUUGACAUUCCUGCCCUCAGGGUCCAGCUGCACUCUACACACAUCCUCCCAGCCCUGCAGCUCUACCGCACAGGUUUUCCAGAACACAUGCCUUUAAGUGACUUCAGGUGUCGUUUCCAGGCUCUCUCUCCUCUGGUCAUGAAGCGCUACGGUUCAGUCUUCAGCACCCCAGAUGAGAGGAAGGCAGUGGAGGAGCUGCUGGUAGAACUGGAUCUGGACAAGAAAAGUAUCUUUCUGGGAGCCAGCAGGAUGUUUACAAAGCGAGGUGUGCUGAAGUACCUGGAGCAGGAGAGAGACAAGCUGGUCAGUGGUUGGCUGGUUCAGCUACAGGCAUCCUGUAUGGGACACCUGGCUAGACAGCAAUACCGCAAAAUGAAGGUGCAGCAGAUGGCUGUACGGUGUAUCCAGAAUAACAUCCGUGCUCUCAGGGGUGUGGCCAAGUGGAGCUGGUGGAAACUGUUGUGUAGAUUACGCCCUCUACUGGAUGUUAACAUGGAUGACCAGAGACUCAGAGCCAAGGAGGAUGAGAUCAUAGCUCUGAGACGACGGCUGGAGAAAUCUGAGAGGGAGAGGAACGAGCUGAGACAGAGCACUGACAUUCUGGAGACCAAGGUGACGGCAAUAUCCUCUGAACUAAGCGAUGAGCGUUUCCGUGGUGAAGCUGUCAGUCAGGCUUUGGAUAUAGAGAGAGGAGAGAGACUACGACUCACCAGAGAGAACAAGGAACUACAGGCUCGUCUGGACCAGUGUAAGGUCACCACAGAGAUGCUGGAGAAACAGUUGGAGGAGGAGAAGCAGAAGGUCCAACGUGGAGUGUCCCAUGUAGGGACAGGGACAGGUAAAAGCUGGGGGAGUACUAUAGAGAGUGAGAUGGCGCUUCAGUUAGAGUGCUGCCAGACAGAGGUGGAAUUUGUCAGGAGACGAGUCAAACAGACUGAAGAGAGACUGGAGGCAGAAAGACAGACACGCCUAGAACUGGAUGCCAAGGUGGCGUCUCUACAAGCCCAGCUGGAGCAGUCUAAGAAGAGCACUACAGAGUUGAAGCGUCAGGUUCGUCGGGUCACAUCUGACCUCCAGGAUGCCCGUGUCCUCACCGACAGCCUUCAGGGUCGCGCUCACGAGCUGGACCGCAAACAGAGGAGGUUUGACAGUGAGCUGACCCAAGCUUUAGAAGAGGCUGACAGAGAGCGAGAACUGAAGGACAAAGCUAUCCACGAGAGCACUGUACUGAGAUCAGAAAUAUACAGCCUAAAACGUACUCUGCAGGGGAACCAGGCAGAGUUGGUCCAUGUGCAGCAACAAAAGGAGGAGCUGUGUGCCCAAAUCCGUGACCUCAGUGUGCCCUUUGACCUGGCCUCUGACUCGCUGCCUGACUUGAAGAAGCAACUCCGCCUCCUGGAAACCCAGACCAAUGAGAGAGGAGAGGAGAUCACCAAGCUCACCACCCAGAUUCAACAGGCGCAGCAGGUGCACCUGCGUUUUGAGAUGGAGAUGGAGCGAAUGAAACAGAUCCAUCUUAAAGAGCUGGAGGAUAAAGAAGAGGAAUUAGAAGAUGUACACAAGUCCUCCCAGAGACGGCUGCGUCAGCUAGAGAUGCAGCUGGAGCAGGAAUAUGAAGAAAAACAGAUGGUGGUUCACGAGAAAAAUGACUUGGAGGGACUCAUCGCUACGCUCUGUGAUCAGGUGGGCCACCGGGACUUUGAUGUGGAGAAGAGACUAAGGAGAGAUCUGAAGAGAACCCAUGCUCUGCUGGUGGACGCUCAGCUACUACUGUCCACCAUAGACCACCCUGGACACAGCCAGGCCCCCGGCAGCAAUGAACACAUAGAGCACCUGCACUGCCAGCUGGAGGAGAGUGAGGCACGGAGAGCAGAGGUGGAGAGUGUUCAGAAGACUCUGUCCAUGGAGCUGGAGAAUACCCAGAUAGAACUGGAGAAUAUCUGCAAACUCAAAAGUCUGUUGGAUGAACAGGUUGGUCAGUUGCAACAUGAGAAAUCAGAUCUUUUGAAGAGGCUGGAGGAAGACCAGGAGGACCUCAAUGAACUCAUGAAAAAGCACAAAGCCCUGAUUGCACAGUCGUCCAGUGACAUUUCUCAGAUCAGAGAGUUGCAGACGGAACUGGAGGAGGUCAAGAAAGAAAGACACAGGCUACAGGAAGAGCUUACAGCAAGUGUGGCCAGGGUGCAGUUCUUGGAGUCGUCCACCGUGGGGCGUAGUAUCGUCAGUAUGCAGGAGGCCAGGGUGUGUGACCUGGAGAACAAGCUGGAGUUCCAGAGAGGACAGGUUAAGAGGUUUGAGGUGCUGGUACUGCGUCUGAGGGACAGUGUUGUCCGUCUGGGAGAGGAGCUGGAGCAAUGUGCCCAGACUGAGGCCAGGGAGAGAGAGAACAGCCAGUACUACCAGCAACGCCUCCAAGACAUGAGACUCGAGGUGGAAGACCUGGUUCAGAGAGAACAGGACAGCAGCCGCAGAUGCAUGGAACUGGAGAUGCAAGUGACAGAGCUGACUGCAGUCAGACAGACAUUACAAGCUGAUCUAGAGACAUCUAUCCGACGUAUCGUUGAUCUACAAGCUGCCCUCGAGGAGGUGGAGUCUAGUGAGGAGAGUGACGAUGAGAGUGUUGCCACGGCUGUGGAAUCAUUUUCCAAGAAGAGAGACCUUGACAGCGUGUCUAGUGUAGGUUCUCAGUCUCUGGGCACAGAGGAUGUUGGUGAGGGCAUCCGCCAUUGGCUGGGUGUUCCCAGAGGGGGGCCCAGAGGGGGCUCUCCUUAUGGCAGCAGUACCAUCAGCCACCAGUCAGGGCGCCAGUCUGUCACAGACACCAUGAGCACUUACAGCUUCCGCUCCUGUGUGGACCCAGAUGAAGAGGGGUCAGGGCCAGCAGGUGUGGUUGGUAAUGGGGGUGGUUCAGGUCCUGGCCGGGCCUCCUCCUCUGCCCUUUCUGAGUUGUUAGAGGGGCUUCGUAAGCGGCGGGGGGGGGCAGAGACUGGGGAAGGGAGUGGCAGUACUAUCUCCCUGCCUAUUUAUCAGACCACGGGGGCCUCAACCCUCCGCCGCAGAGCCUCCGCCCUCUCCCUGGGUCCCGAGGACCUCCAGGAGCCCCGCAGCAUCCUGAAACCUCCCUCCCCGCUGCUGCCCCGCGCUGCCAGUCUGCGUAACAUGGGCCAACCCCAGGCUCCACCUGCGGCCUCCGGGGACUCCGGAGCGAAGCGCUACAGCUCUACCGACUCCCUCUCCUCCCUCCCUUCUCUCCCCCUCCUCUCUUCCCUCACUUCCCCCACUGUCCCACGCCGUCGCCCCCCCACAAUCUGCAUCCCAGAGGAAGACGACGAAGAAGCGAUCAGGACCCAGCGCUCCCCCCAGCUAAUGAGACGCCGGCUGCUAGAGAGCGUUGUCAGCGAGGGCGGUGGAGAGGGCUAUCUGGGGUCAGAGCCCAUGGUGUUCCAGAACCGCCGUCUCCAAGGCGACAAUAACCGGGGCGACGCGGCCUCUGACAUUCUGCCGGCCAUCCGGCGGGCCCAGUCAACCAGCAGCCUGGCUAGUUCAAUCAGAGGGGGUCGGAGGGCGCUCAGUGUUCACUUUGGAGAGCUGCCCCCAUCACGCAGCAGGAUGGGCUCUGACUCCAGCUCCAACAGCUCAGGGUCUGGGGGGAGUUCCCAGAGAGGACGCGCUCAGCCUAGGCGGGUUGGGGAGCCACAAGGUGAGAGACUGGAGGCAGAGGGCAGCGAGGGGGGAGACGUGGCUUCUGUCAUGAAGAAAUACCUGAAGAAGUCUGAGGACCUGCAGAAGAGUGAGGUAGACUGAGAGCCUGCAUGUGUGCGAGGAUGGAUGAACUGAAGCCACUCACGGAAAUCCCCAUGCAAGCUACAUGGAGCCACACAGCAUAUAUACACACACUCAUGCCAAAGGAUCAAGGAAGACAUGCACUAGGUGAAGACACACUUAAGAUACAGCAUUGCGGCCAAUGAGCAAUGAAGAUAUAUUUACAACCAAACCAGUGAUGCUGUAAAUGGUGUGGAAACUGAAA